AUGGGGUGCUGCCCGGGGGACUGCUUCAACUGCUGCUCCCAGGAACAAGACUGCUGUGAGGAGUGCUGCUGCCAACCCUCCUGCUGCGGCUGCUGCGGCUGCUGUGGCUGCUGCGGCUGUGGAGGCUCUGGCUGUGGCGGUGGCGGCUGCUGCGGAGGAGGAUCUGGCUGUGGAGACUGCGGGGGCUGCGGGGGCUGCGGAGGCUGCGGGGGCUGCGGAGGCUGCUGUGGAUCCUGCUGCGGCGGCUCCGGGUGCUGUGGCACCGGGUGCUGUGGCCCAGUGUGCUGUCAGCCCACACCUGUGUGCGAGACGAAAUGA